CGCCAGCUCCGCGAGCAAUGGUUCCGCCCUGCGCCCUGCCCCUUCCAUGACAACUCCAGUCCCACCUGCCUGGCGUCUCUUGAGCCCAACCGGCAUCCGUUGUGGUUGGACGUGGGCUUGGCGGAAUGGGGCGGGACUUCCAGUAGGAGGCGGCAAGUUUGAAAAGUGACGACGGUUGACGUUUGCUGAUUUUUGACUUUGCUUGUAGCUGCUCCCCGAACUCGCCGUCUUCCUGUCGGCGGCCGGCACUGUAGGUGAGCGCGAGAGGACGGAGGAAGGAAGCCUGCAGACAGACGCCUUCUCCAUCCCAAGGCGCGGGCAGGUGCCGGGACGCUGGGCCUGGCGGUGUUUUCGUCGUGCUCAGCGGUGGGAGGAGGCGGAAGAAACCAGAGCCUGGGAGAUUAACAGGAAACUUCCAAGAUGGAAACUUUGUCUUUCCCCAGAUAUAAUGUAGCUGAGAUUGUGAUUCAUAUUCGCAAUAAGAUCUUAACAGGAGCUGAUGGUAAAAACCUCACCAAGAAUGAUCUUUAUCCAAAUCCAAAGCCUGAAGUCUUGCACAUGAUCUACAUGAGAGCCUUACAAAUAGUAUAUGGAAUUCGACUGGAACAUUUUUACAUGAUGCCAGUGAACUCUGAAGUCAUGUAUCCACAUUUAAUGGAAGGCUUCUUACCAUUCAGCAAUUUAGUUACUCAUCUGGACUCAUUUUUGCCUAUCUGCCGGGUGAAUGACUUUGAGACUGCUGAUAUUCUAUGUCCAAAAGCAAAACGGACAAGUCGGUUUUUAAGUGGCAUUAUCAACUUUAUUCACUUCAGAGAAGCAUGCCGUGAGACGUAUAUGGAAUUUCUUUGGCAAUAUAAAUCCUCUGCGGACAAAAUGCAACAGUUAAACGCCGCACACCAGGAGGCAUUAAUGAAACUGGAGAGACUUGAUUCUGUUCCAGUUGAAGAGCAAGAAGAGUUCAAGCAGCUUUCAGAUGGUAUUCAGGAGCUACAACAAUCACUAAAUCAGGAUUUUCAUCAAAAAACGAUAGUGCUGCAAGAGGGAAAUUCCCAAAAGAAGUCAAAUAUUUCAGAGAAAACCAAGCGUUUGAAUGAACUAAAAUUGUCGGUGGUUUCUUUGAAAGAAAUACAAGAGAGUUUGAAAACAAAAAUUGUGGAUUCUCCAGAGAAGUUAAAGAAUUAUAAAGAAAAAAUGAAAGAUACGGUCCAGAAGCUUAAAAAUGCCAGACAAGAAGUGGUGGAGAAAUAUGAAAUCUAUGGAGACUCAGUUGACUGCCUGCCUUCAUGUCAGUUGGAAGUGCAGUUAUAUCAAAAGAAAAUACAGGACCUUUCAGAUAAUAGGGAAAAAUUAGCCAGUAUCUUAAAGGAGAGCCUGAACUUGGAGGACCAAAUUGAGAGUGAUGAGUCAGAACUGAAGAAAUUGAAGACUGAAGAAAAUUCGUUCAAAAGACUGAUGAUUGUGAAGAAGGAAAAACUUGCCACAGCACAAUUCAAAAUAAAUAAGAAGCAUGAAGAUGUUAAGCAAUACAAACGCACAGUAAUUGAGGAUUGCAAUAAAGUUCAAGAAAAAAGAGGUGCUGUCUAUGAACGAGUAACCACAAUUAAUCAAGAAAUCCAAAAAAUUAAACUUGGAAUUCAACAACUAAAAGAUGCUGCUGAAAGGGAGAAACUGAAGUCCCAGGAAAUAUUUCUAAACUUGAAAACUGCUUUGGAGAAAUACCACGAUGGUAUUGAAAAGGCAGCAGAGGACUCCUAUGCUAAGAUAGAUGAGAAGACAGCUGAACUGAAGAGGAAGAUGUUCAAAAUGUCAACCUGAUUAACAAAAUUACAUGUCUUUUUGUAAAUGGCUUGCCAUCUUUUAAUUUUCUAUUUAGAAAGAAAAGUUGAAGCGAAUGGAAGUAUUAGAAGUACCAAAUAAUGUUGGCUUCAUCAGUUUUUAUACACUCUCAUAAGUAGUUAAUAAGAUGAAUUUAAUGUAGGCUUUUAUUAAUUUAUAAUUAAAAUAACUUGUGCAGCUAUUCAUGUCUCUACUCUGCCCCUUGUUGUAAAUAGUUUGAGUAAAACAAAACUAGUUACCUUUGAAAUAUAUAUAUUUUUUUCUGUUAC